GGCCUUUGCUCUUUGUCAUAAAUUUUGUAUCUCCCACACCUUCACUCGCCUGUAUAGCGGGUGCCCUCGUCGUCGUCAUGUCUUUCAAGGAGGGCAUGACUCCGUAUGACCUCUGGAAGGACACCCAUGAUGACAGCUAUCACGACGAGGUGAGCAUACCUAUGCUAUCAGGCUACGAGCGCACGGAAGAGGACGCCUACUGCUCUGUUCAGAAGGUCACGAGGCUCUUCAGCGGCUGGAACUUGGUUCAAGUAUGCUUGUUGGCGGCCGUUGCCUCGAUUCCUCUACACGUCUAUUUUCGAGUGUGCUCGCCCCUAUUGGGCUUCCUCACCUACUCCGUCGUUGCUCUACCUUUCUCGAUCCUGGUCUACCUCACCUCGUCACCCAAAGGGUAUACAAUAUCUCUCUCGAAGCCUGAGCCCAGCUCGCCCCCCAGCUAUUCGUCAGCAUCAUGGCCCUGGUCACGCUCUCCCUCGACGUCCUUGUCGAUUCCAGCCCUGGUCUAUCUGCUAGGCUGUGCCUGGUCCUUGUGCGUCUGGGCUUUUCUUCUAGGCACUGCGCUCUUCCGAGGUUUGCAUCUCAGCGCCGACGUCUUCAGCUCCGCGCCGCCCACGAUUGCCGAAGUAGGCGCCACGAGCCCGGGCCACUCGGUUUUCUUUGCAGUCAACCUCUACAACUCGGCCGAGGUGCUGCCUGCCUUCUCCAAGUCGCUCAAGGAGCUCUGCUCCUCCCUUGGCCAUCGCAACGUAUUUGUCUCCAUCUAUGAGUCCAACUCAUCCGAUGACACUUGCGAGCGACUGCAGAUCCUAGGCGAGGAGCUCAAAGCGCUAGGCAUUCCUCAGUCUGUGCGGUGUGGGAAGCACUCCGUCAGACAUGGCAAGGUGGCCGGGGUGAUUUCCAGCUACUCGCGCAUCGAGUACCUGGCUUCUGUUCGAAAUGAGGCGCUGGCUCCGCUAGAUGACCUUGGCUCACUAGACUCAAACGUAGGGCCAUUCUCUCACGUUGCCUGGCUGAAUGACAUCUUCUUCGACCCAGUCGACGUCAUCACCUUGUUGAACACAAAAGGAGGUGAAUUCGACCAGGUCUGCGCAAUUGAUACGGUGCCCAUGGGUUUCUACGACACCUGGGUCACGCGCGACAUCAACGAGGCGCGUUUGAAGCCUCUGUGGCCCUACUUCUCCAGCGCAGAGGACAUCGCAUCGAUGAGGGUGGAGGAACCUAUCUUGGUCAACAGCUGCUGGAAUGGCCUCACCAUCUUCGAUGCCUCUUGGUUCACCUCUCACUCCCGUCGACCGCUAUUGCUACAGGAGAGUGCGAAAGCAGAAGUGCAAGCUAAGCACAACCUGAGCCUUCCACUGCGCUUUCGCGCCUCACCAGCGCCGCAUUGUCUGACGUCCGAGUGCCUCCUCACCUCGUACGACCAGCACCUCCUCUCAGCGCCUCAUCGUCCACGCAUCUACAUCAAUCCACAAGUGCUAGUGAGCUACGAUGCUUCUACUCUCGCCCUCUACCACGUAUGGAGUCGAUGGUGGAUCUCGAGAGCUUGGCUCUUUGUCUGGCAGGACGUCAUCUCGACUCGUCUAUUUGGGAGAGUGACAGACUGGGGGAGGAAGUUGCCAAAGUGCGCGCAGGAGCUUCAUGCUGGCUGGGCCAAGCUGGACGCACCGCUCCGGCCCUUGGCGCCUUUAGUCGUUGACGGCGUCAACGGAACACAAGUCUCAACGUAGAACCUCGUCUUUGACCCUUCCCUUUCUUACUUGUUCUUUCUCUUCACUGUACAUACCUUGCCGCUCGUGUUUGUCACCUUUGUAUACCCUUCCGGCAUCCGUGCUCCCCUCCUGUGCAUAGCAGUGCCGUCAGUCUCCCCAUGUCGCCGCCUC